GGUGAGCUCACAGUUCUAAAAACUCAGGCUGCGUUUAUAUACAGGCUUUUAUGGUAACCACUAGGCGGUUUAAGAGAGGAAAGUUGCUGCUAAUCUGUUUCAGACAUUAGAAAGGUUUAAAAGCACACUUUCUAAAUUAUUCUUAGAGUAUAAUGUUCGUUAUGGACUCUUUUGUUUAAUCGAUUUUAAUGUAUAUAUAAUAUAUAUAAAAUACUGCGCUUGAACGAUUGGUGUGUUUGAGUGACUCAACUUUCUCACACGUCUGCGCAUUCCUUAGUUCAAUACACAUGGCUAUUGAAAGUAUGCUUUAACAUUUCUGUGACAGAUUUUUUUACACAGAUAGAUAACUAUACCUCGGUGCAAAUUUAUGUGACGAUUCACUUACUUAUAAUGAAUAAAAAAUUUUAAAUCUUCUGCACAAAUAUACGCAACUUUGACGCUGUGAAGCAACCGCGAAAGGAUGUGACGUUUCGAUUUGACCAAAACACAAGUCGUAGCGCAGAUUGCCUUGUCACGUACUGCCCCGGUGUGAGAAGACACGUUGACCAUUAGUUUGCAGUGCACGUGUUGUAGGUUCCUGUGAACGAUUGCACGUUUUAUAGCCUAUUUCUAACGAGACGUAGUGACGUGUAAUACCAUGCCUUGCCAUAAUCAACAGGUUGCACGUGGCAGUAGCUGUGAUCAGCACUCAAUGAAGCAGGUGCGUUUUGCCAGUGGCGAUGGUUCAGACAGCGAGUCUUUGGAGAAAGAGAGUGGAGCCGCAAUAAACGGCGACCUCCCGAUCCAGCUGAAGCUUUUUCCCCUCACUGACCAAAUCCGUGAACUACAGACCAUAAUCAGGGACAAAACCACAAGUAGAGGCGACUUUGUGUUCAGUGCUGACAGACUGAUUAGACUUGUAGUUGAAGAAGGACUCAAUCAGCUGCCUUAUAUUGAGUGCACAGUGACUACACCAACAGGACAGAAGUAUGAAGGUGUCAAAUUUAAGAGAGGCAACUGCGGCGUCAGCAUAAUGAGAAGUGGUGAAGCGAUGGAGCAAGGCCUAAGGGACUGCUGUCGAUCUAUCCGCAUCGGCAAGAUUCUUAUACAGACUGAUGAGGAGACGCUGAAAGCUAAAGUAUACUACGCAAAGUUCCCACCGGAUAUUUACAGACGAAAAAUCCUGCUCAUGUACCCUAUCCUGAGUAGCGGGAACGCUGUCAUCGAAGCAGUGCGAGUGCUGAUCGAUCACGCCGUCCAGCCUUCGCACAUCAUUCUCCUGAGCCUUUUCUCUACCCCUCAUGGCAUUAAGUCAAUAGUGGAAGAAUUUCCAGAGCUCACUAUCCUCACCAGUGAAGUCCAUUCUGUAGCUCCAACUCACUUUGGACAGAAAUAUUUUGGUACAGACUGAUUUUUCAUUGGGAGCUCAGAAGCUCGUUAUCGAGUUCUUUCCGUUUCUCUCGGACUGGAGAUGGUUUGCAUUAUAAUUGUUUGAAGUGCCUCAGUAUAGCAUGUUAGAAGUGCAGUGAAGGGUUAUUUAAUGCAGUGCUUCUCAAAGUAGGGUCUCUGAAGCAUAGCUAAAGGGCUGUGAUUUUAUUUUGGUGGAAAUCGCAAUCCAUCAUUAUCGGUGUUUGACUGUUCACUUGUAUUUGAAGGGUUUAAUGGAUAGUAUCCACUGGAGUAAUGAAAGUCUAAUAAAAGAGCCAGUGAUUGCUAGCUAGCAAAUUAUUGUUAUUUACAUAUUUUCUUCCCCUUUAGAUACAUUAGUAUACAUUAUAAAUACAAAUAGGUGGCAAAUGAAAGGAAAGUAUAGUUCCACAAUGAGCUUUCAGUGAGUCUUGAGCAUCCAUACUUCAAGUCUCUGAACUAUACUGGAGGGCUAGUUUAUAAAGAUCCAUUACUUUUUAUUGCUUAAACAUGAAUGAUUGUUUUUAUGGCUGUCGAUAUGACACUCAACCACUAGUGCCACGAACAAGCGAGACACAUUUAUAAAUUUGAUCAGAAAAUAAAUGCUUAUUUCAUUGUCCAGUC